AUGAACAGACACAUCUCAGCUCUUUCACACACAAUCAAAGACACGGAGGAGAUGAUGAAAGCCAGCGAUGCCUGCUUUCUGAAGGACUUUAGCAUCACGAUGGAAAGAGUCCAGAUCUCACAGCCGGAUCCACAGAUGAGUUCUGGAGCUUUGAUUCAUGUGUCACAUUACUUGAGUGACCUGCGGUUCAGAGUCUGGAAGAAGAUGCAGGAAACUCUCCAACACACUCCAUUGACUCUAGAUCCAAACACAGCACAUCGUCAGCUCACACUCUCUUCUGAUUUGACCAGUGUGUCGGACAGUGAUUUACGUGAAAAUCUUCCUGAUAAUCCAGAGAGGUUUGACAAGUAUCCAUGUGUUCUGGGUUCUGAGGGCUUUAACUCAGGAACACACUGCUGGGAUGUGGAGGUUGGAGACAACACACUCUGGAGUGUUGGAAUAACCACAGCAUCAAACCAAAGGAAGGGAGACGUUUUCUUUAACACUAAUGUCUGGCGUGUGCGGUACAUAGACCGUAAAUACAGCUCACAAUCCUCAGAUCAACCUUUGACUGUCUUCACAGUUAAAGAGAAGCUGCAGCGUGUGAGAGUUCAGCUGGACUGUGACAGAGGAAAGGUGUCCUUCUCUGAUCCUCUAACUAACAUCUGUCUCUGCUCAUUCACAACAACCUUCACAGAAACUGUCUUUCAAUUCUUAUAUAACUACUGCAAAACAUCCCCUCUGAGGAUUUUACCAGUUAAACUGAUU